AUGUCAAGUAACAUGACACUCGAACUGGUGCCAAGGUCAGCACUUCUCGUUGCAAUAGCUUUUUCUCUUGUGGGCUGCAUAGGAAAUGGACUAAUAAUCUUGGCUACUAUACUAUCGCCUACUUUAAGAAGUAGGUGCAACUUGUUGAUAUGCUUACUAGCCAUAGCUGACUUCAUCAUUUGUGCAUACCUGAUCCAAAUACGAGUGCAGAUGCUUCAUAAUUGGUACUUCCUCACAAAUAAGGAAUGCUUCUUGCAUAGUUUUCAUGGACUUUUUGCCUUGAACGUUCAAGCCGCCGUGGGUCUUGUUAUAGGACUUGAUAGGCUGUUUGCUGUUGCCCUUCCCACAAGGUAUUCGAGGCUACCAGGAUUUCUUUACGCGAUGAUGGUGGCCGCCGUGCUAAGCUACGCGAGCUUGUUCACAAUGUUUGGGUAUUGGGACUCUUCAAUGGAGGUCAUACCAGUUUGCUUCCCUCCUUUCGCUUACAACAACACAUCAAGAGCGGUUUGGUUCUGUUCAAAUGUAGUCAUCGCCUUUCUGGUCAUUGCGGUAUACGGCCUUGCUCACCUCAAAUGUCGCACCUUAUGUGCAAAAAAUACUCAUGCGCGAAGUAUCUUGCGAAUCAAACAUUUGCUACUUUCGCUGUCGAUUGUGAUGGGAAUCUAUACAGCCACCUGGUUCGUUACAAUGAUUGUGUCACUCAUCACCCUGUUUCUUCCCAUUACUCCACGUAUUUCACAAGGAAUUAAUGAUCAACUUGGUUGGCUAGUAAUCAUCAAUUCAUCCAACAAUUUCUUCGUCUACUUUUGCAGAGCACCUGAGUAUAGGAAGGUAUUCGUGGACAUUGGCUGUCUAUUCAAAAGCAAUCAGAAGCCUCCUGCCCAUAUAAAUAUUAGUCUACGCAACAUAACAUUCUGA